CCAAACUCUCUCUCUCAAAAAAAAAAAAAAACAAAACAAAUGAGCUUGAGAGAGAUGAGCGAGACAAAAUCGUUGAUAUUCAAGAGAAACGCUGAGUUCGAAGGAUCAAACAUCAAGAGGAUAAGACUCGAUGAUGAUGACGACGACGUUUUACGCUCACCGACGAGAACGCUUUCUUCUUCUCUGUCAUCUUCUGCUCUAGCUUACUCGGUUUCAGAUUCCGGAGGUUUUUGCUUCACCGUUUUAUCUGAAGAAGAAGACGAUGAUCAUCGUAGCUCAAGCAUCAGCUCUGGUUGUUCUAGCGGUGAAACUAACGAAAUCGCUACGUAUACUCGUCUUGCUUUUUUAGAUCUGGAGGCUCAUCAAAUCUCCGAAACCGAAACCGAAACCUCAACGUUAAUCUCCAACAAUUUCAGAAAACAGGGAAGUCUAGUAAGCGAGAAACAGGGAGAAACAGCUGAGAUGGACUCGGCGGCGACGAAGAGGGAACAGAGAAAGACGGAGAUGAGUAAGAUGAAGAAGAAGAAGAUGGAGAAAUCACCGACGCAGGCGGAGCUUGACGAUUUUUUCUCGGCGGCGGAGAGAUUCCAACAGAAACGAUUCACAGAGAAGUACAACUACGACGUCGUUAACGAUACGCCGCUUGAAGGUCGGUACCAGUGGGUUACUCUGAAGCCUUAAAGAAAGAAAGAAAGGGAAGAAGAAGAAGAAGAAGUAAAAGAAAAAAAGACAGUGCUAAUGUUAAUUACACGUAGUAGUACUGUGAGUUUUUGUCACAGUCAGUCAGUAAUCGUGUUUUUUGAAUCUCUCAUUUUCAUUUGUGUACAGAGUCCUCUAAUUUUAAUUUCCGACUUUUAUCAAAAAAUAUUUUUAACUUCUUCUGCGUAACCAAUGACAACUUUUUUUAUCUU